CUAUACACAGAUCGUCGCGCCGCCAACUGGGGAUCACGUAGGAGUACAUGUUACUUUUUUGUUUCUAUUUUGGCUUUUUAAGCAUCAAAUUAAAGUUUGGAAAUGAUGGGAAAUGAAUGAACACCAGAUGUUUAUUUUUUGCCGGGUGUUCCUGACGAAGAAAAGCACACUGAAGGGCGUUUACCGUGUUUAGACCAGUGUGUUUUUCCUAACAGGUAGUGAGCCUCAGCGGUCGGUCAGUGGAGCUCCGAACGGAGACUGAACAUCCCGCUUCGUAAUCUCUUGACAGCCUUUUGAACCCAUUUUUGGAUCGACCGAGGCUUCUAACAAACACCCUUCUCUUCCCAGAAUCAUGGACAAUGUGUUGGUUUUCUCAUUUCGGAGUAGUUUUCUGAAUUUGUAACAGAUUUCAGCCCCUGAUGGACAUGAAGAAGGAGGACGGUGUGGAUUAGGAUCUUUUUCCUUUUCCUUUUUUAUUUUUCUUCUUCUUUUUCUUGUGUUUCUUUGGCUUCAUCCUCCUCACCUCAAUGUGGUCUCUAAAGGACUUCUUCCUCUGCCGUUUUGAGAUGAAAUGAUGGCAGCACGUUGGAGUGAUUCACCACAGGACAAUGAAGAGAGUAAAAACACAGCCAUAACUCUGUCUUGCGAGGCCAAGCAGAAGGAUGGGCGCGAUCAGAGCGAGGCGUCGGCCGUGGCUUCUCCCGGGGCAGAGGACGAGGCUUUUUCAUGGCCGGGGCCCAAGACGCUUCAGCUGCGCAGAACCUCCCAGGGCUUCGGCUUCACACUGCGACACUUCAUUGUCUACCCGCCCGAGUCUGCCGUCCACAACUCUCUGAAGGAUGAAGACAAUGGUAGCCGAGGGAGACAGCGCAACCGUCUGGAGCCAAUGGACACCAUUUUCGUCAAGCAAGUGAAGGAGGGAGGCCCUGCCCAUGGAGCUGGACUCUGUACAGGGGACCGGAUAGUGAAGGUGAAUGGAGAGAGCAUCAUUGGGAAGACAUACUCGCAAGUCAUAGCCUUGAUCCAGAACAGUGAUGCCUCACUGGAACUCUGUGUGAUGCCAAAAGAUGAGGACAUUUUGCAGCUGUUUUCCAGGGAUAUCACUGCUCUGGCCUAUUCCCAAGAUGCAUACCUCAAAGGAAAUGAUGCUUACAGCGGAAAUGCCCAGAACAUCCCUGAGCCCCCUCCCAUAUGCUACCCUCGGAUAGAAGUUAAGGCUGUGGGCAUGGCUCAGACAUCAGAGCCUGCCACAGUCAGUAAGACCCCCCGAGGGCCGGCUCAGGAACCAGGAAGAAGAGGGGGGGCCACGGAAAAGAGCUAUCGCGUUGAAAUCCCUGUUCCGCCAUCUCCUCCACCCCAGCAAGCGUCAAAGUCUCUGACAGUGGUGUGUGUCUGUAAUGAGAAUGUGAGAACAGUGGCUAUGCCUCCUGAUCCAGUUGAUAGGGGGCCCUGGGUGGCUCGGGCCGGACCCAGCCACAGGACAGAGGAAAACCGAUACAGUCCUUCAGCAGAUUCUGGCUCCGCUAGACCAAGACCCCUUAUUCCCUCAGUACCUGGGGGUGCACAGUUGGAGUACCCCUCUUCCCGUCCCACAGAAAGUCCAGUCUACUCUCCUUCCUCAAGACCUGGUCCAAUCUAUCCUGACACGUUAUUGCCAUCUGCACGGGCCACCGCUGCCUCACCGGACACGUUCUCCACUGCCAUCUCACCCAGUGCCAACCACUACUCGCCCUCUCCGACAGCCCCCUCCACCUCUCCACACCAGAACAUUGACUGGAAAAACUACACCACCUAUAAGGACUACAUAGAUGCCAAGAGGCUACACACGUAUGGCUGCCGAACCAUCCAGGAGCGCUUGGACAGUUUGCGUGCGGCUGCAAAUUCCAGCUCCACUUACACCCAGCAACGUGCACCGGCUGCUCCUAGCACUAGUCAGAGAGGGACGCUGGGCUCCCAGGUCAGACAGAGAAGCACCUCCAAUGACCGUUGGGUGGAUGCAAGUAAGCAGGGCACUGCAGUGACUCCAAUACGUAGCUUCUCCCAGGAGAGGCUGGGAGGUGGAGCAGAGAGGACAAUACCAAUCAGGAAUUGGCCUCGGAGUGCUUCCGAGGAUGCUCUGCCUUUUUCCACCCCUACAGGAUUCCCCAAACCUCGGGCGCGGUCUUGUGACUACCUGGGGCAGCAGCCUGGAGAACCAGGUGGGUUGGCUGUCUUUGGAGAUAACGUGGUGCUGGAGGACAGGCUGCUGCUGUGUCGGGGAGAAGAAGCCAGAGCUAGCAGGCAGGGAACAAGCCUAAGAGCUUUACCUCAUCUGAACAGAAGUCUCUCUGGACAGGAGGAAGGAGGGCGAGAAAGUGGAUUAUCUAACUCUGCUCCUGUGUUUACUAAAGGUACCACGGAUUUUGAUCAAACAUCAAGGACAGACAGUAUCAUAAUGAGGCCAUCACGUCUGCCUGUAAAAAACUCCAUGUCAGACCCUUCACCUGCCUUAUGCUCUUCUAAAGCCAUUGACCCUCUUAAAGACCAAAGAGCUAACAUCGUGAGCAACCACCUGGGCUACCCCUCCCCUCUGCACCUGCAGCUCAGAGGCAGGGCUGACAGUCUGAAAAUUGAGAGCAGGUUUGAGGCUGGGUUGGCAGCCAGGUCCUCCUCUUGCUCUGGUACUUCCUCAAAACUGGCAAUGCAGAGACAACUUCAAAGUGUAGUUGUUGCUGCAUCUUCUUCUGGUCCCUCCACCACUAAUGGAGCUGUUACCCAAAAGCCAAAUAUCAGAGAAAUCUCCAGUUCCACCAGCGCCCUUGUACGUUCUAAUGGCGGCCUUGCAGAGGGCGUAGAAGGACUGGAUGCAACAGUCGUUGUCCGAAGAAGGGACAAAAACUCGGGACCUCCCCACAUUCGCCCUCCGUCCUAUGUACUAGCUGUUAAUGAGAACCAGGGAGGAGUGACUCACAAGUCACCACCAUUGGUGAAGGCAGGCUCCGCAGAUGGAGCUAUGUGCUGGACAUCUAAUGACAGCUUUAGGGAGAUGCAUCUAAGAAGGCUUGGAGACACACGACAAAAGUCUGGCUCUAACAACUUGGACGACUCCCUGGAUUCCAUCCCCUUCAUAGAUGAACCAUCCAGUCCCAGUACUGACCAGGACAGCGCACACAUUCCUGCCUGUGCUGUUAUAUCUGGAACGCCCCUCAUCUCAACCAUCCCACCAAGCCCCACCUCGCCGUCCCCUUUCCUUCGACGCCAGCUGUCCCAUGACCAAGAUUCUCUCCGUCUCACAAUUAUUGAGUCAGAUUCUGGUACUAAAACCGAGCGGUCCAAGUCAUAUGAUGAAGGCCUGGAUAACUACCGGGAAGAGAGCGGAGGGAGGUCCUUAAUACCUGGUCUAAAGAUUCUUAGGAAGGCGGUGGACAGGUCAUCUGAAGAUUCAGGGUCCAGAAGGGAUUCUUCAUCCGACGUCUUCUGUGACGCCACCAAGGAGGGUUUGCUGCAUUUCAAGCAGCUGAACACAGACAAGGGCAAGCGUGUCGGAGGAGGUAUGCGCCCGUGGAAACAGAUGUACGCCGUGUUGAGAGGCCACUACCUCUACCUGUAUAAGGACAAAAAGGAGGGGCAGGCUCAUGCCAACUACCAAGCAGUAGACGAGCCUCUGCCAAUCAGCAUCAAGGCCUGUCUGAUUGACAUCUCGUACAGCGACACAAAGCGCAAGAACGUGCUCCGGCUGACCACGUCGGACUGUGAGUACCUGUUCCAGGCUGAGGACAGAGAGGACAUGCUGGCCUGGAUCAGAGUCAUCCAGGAGAACAGCAACCUGGAUGAGGAGAACGCGGCCUUCACCAGCCAUGACCUUAUCAGCAGAAAGAUCAAAGAGUACAACACCUUGAUGAGCCCGACGGGAAGCAAGACGGAGCAUUCGCCCAAACCCUCACGCCAGUCGCUAAGCAUCAGACAGACAUUGCGGGGAGGUAAAGGAGAGACCAAAGCAACAAGUCCGCUCACACCUAAAGCAGAGCAGGAGAGGAAGAACAUGCACAAAGAUGACACCAGCCCUCCCAAAGACAAAGGGACAUGGAGGAAGGGUAUCCCGGGGCUGAUGAGGAAACCUUUUGAGAGGAAGCCAUCUCCUGGAGUCACGUUUGGUGUAAGGCUGGAUGACUGUCCUCCUGCACAGAACAACAAGUUUGUGCCUCUGAUUGUGGAGGUCUGUUGUAAGCUGGUGGAAGAGAGGGGGUUGGAGUACACAGGCAUCUACAGAGUCCCAGGAAACAACGCCGCGAUCUCCCACAUGCAGGAGGAGCUCAAUAACAAGGGCAUGAAUGAUAUCGAUAUCCAGGAUGAUAAAUGGAGGGACCUGAAUGUGAUCAGCAGUUUACUAAAGUCCUUCUUCCGUAAACUUCCAGAGCCGUUGUUCACCAAUGAUAGGUACGCAGAUUUUAUAGACGCCAAUAGAACAGAGGACCCCGUGGAGAGACUCAAAGCGCUCAAGAGGAUGCUUCAUGAGUUGCCAGAUCAUCAUUACGAGACCCUCAAGUUCCUCUCCGCUCAUCUGAAAACCGUUGCUGAAAACUCAGAGAAGAAUAAAAUGGAACCAAGGAACCUGGCCAUUGUUUUUGGUCCCACUCUUGUGCGCACCACCGAGGAUAACAUGACCCACAUGGUGACACACAUGCCAGACCAGUACAGGAUAGUGGAGGCCCUCAUUCAAAAUUAUGAUUGGUUUUUCACUGACGAUGGAAAUGGAGAUCCAGUGACUGCUUCCCGUGAGGAAAGUGCGGUGGAGUCUCAGCCCGUCCCAAACAUCGACCACCUGCUCACCAACAUCGGCCGUACGGGCACAUCCCAGGGUGAAGUAUCAGAUUCACCAACUAGUGACUCAGCUAAAUCAAAGGGUUCCUGGGGCUCAGGGAAGGACCAGUGCAGCCGAGAGCUCCUGGUCUCCUCCAUCUUUGCUGCAGCCAGCCGCAAAAGAAAGAAAUCAAAGGAGAAGCCGCAGCCUAGCAGCUCGGACGAUGAUCUGGAUGCUGUCUUCCCCAAGAACGAAAUCCCUGGCCAGAAGCCGAACCACCACGGCCUCCAGACUGAGGGCCAGAGCGAGACUCGCCCCAACGCGAAGCAACCAGUACGAGCAGAGGAGAGGAAAGAGAACGGGAGAACUGUGGAGCUCACACCUAAAGCCAAGAGAGAGCAUAGAAACUCUGUAUUCCUGAAGGAGAAGACUCCACCCAGACACCCAUCACCUUCCCCAUCCCCAAAUAUCUCAGGCUAUCAAACAGCUCCUCAGGGAAAAUCCUCCUUGUUGGAUCCCCCAUCUCAGCUUGAUGAGAUCACCUCAGACCUCGGGACCAUGAGCUCUGGAGCAUCUGUGCCUCGGUCAAGACCAAAAAAGUGGACUGGAGCGUCCCCUGAUCUUUCUGCUGGUGCAUGUGUAGGACUGGUGGCAGGUCCAGGGGCGUCCGCCGGUGCAGAGGUGAGCUCCAUCACCUCGGACUACUCCACCACUUCUUCCAUUACAUUCUUAACCGGAGCAGAAUCCAGCACGCUCAGUCCGGAGCUGCAGGGUGGGGAAGAGGCGGAUGACGAACGCAGUGAGCUCAUUAGCGAGGGACGGCCCAUGGAGACGGACAGUGAGAGCGACUUCCCGGUUUUCGCUCCGGGCGGUGGCAACAGCCAGUCUACACCCUGCCGAGAGCAGAGUCUGGAAAAGACUGAACCAAGAGGAGGUGGAGCAGCUGAAGGCAGCACCACACCAAAACUGGAAGCACGGCGCCUUUUCCCAUCACAUAGGAUGAUUGAGUGUGACACCCUCUCUAGACGGUGGUCGCUAAGACAGAAAACGGACAGUGAAUCAUCAGUGGAGGGCGUUGCUGGGAGUGGGGAGCGUAGCGAGGGUAGAGCCGAUUCUUCCACGCGGCUCUCUCGAGUCCUGGAGGUGAUGAAGAAAGGGCGGUCAACAAGCAGCCUCAGCUCGUCCUCGCGCAGCGAGUCAGAGCGUCCCGAACCAGCCUGGCACCUCAAGAUCACCGAGCGCCUCAAAUUCAGGCUACGCACGUCUGCUGACGACAUGUUCACGCAGAAGAGCCGGACUCCAGACGCUCGCGGGAAGAAGAAGAACAUCCGCCGCAGGCACACCAUGGCCGGGCAGAGAGACUUCGCAGAGCUGGCGGUGAUCAACGACUGGAGGGAGCAGGGCGGCGUGGCCCAGACCGCUGAACUGUCAGCUCUGGACCGCCUCAAGCCCAGAUGUUCCUCUCAGGACUUCUCCAUCCGGGACUGGAUCACUAGAGAGCGGUUUAGAGGCUCUGAUUCAAGCGUUGAGGCCGCACCCAAAGCCGUUCCCGAGGAUGAUCAUCCAGAAGCCCAGAACGUAGCUCCAGGAAGACCUCCUCCUUCUGCGUCUCCGGGUGCACAGCCGCUAGCAGGGGAGCAUGUUAACGGUAGCGGGCUGCAAGGCAAAAACAAAGGCAGCCUCGGGGCGGACGCUCACCCACACAAACUGUCUGGAGCGCAAGUUGUUCGCUCACGGUUCUACCAGUAUCUGUGAAACAGCAAGAGUGGUCUUGUCUAUUGUAUAAACAGAAUGAAUGCGUAAAUGUACGAAUGUGGGUAUUUUAGCUAAGGUUACUGCACAAUAUUUUUUCUACAAAUUAUCCUUAUGUAUCUACUGUACAUACUGUUAAUAGGCUUACGUGAUUGUUACUGGAAUAAUGCUGAAGAGAAGUUUAUGUGUGUAACUCCACUGACUUGUUGGCCAUACUGGAACAGACUUGGACAGAACUUGGACUUCCUCCUGCAAGAUCGAACCUAUCUAAUGCGAGAAUGUGACUUUGCUGUUAGUAUUUUGUCAAUGGGACAGAAAUGGAUUGUUAAACAGCACUAAUGAAAGUAAAAGGGUCAACUUGCUAUUACUGAAUGCAGGAGGAUGUUUAUUUUUUAUGGAAUCAUGGUUAAGUUCUUCCUAUUAUAAGCGGUAUGAAGAAUGUAUUACUUUUGUUUGGACUAACACUAGUUGCUUGUGACAAUAUUGUCAUUUUCAAAACAAUAUGUAUGUGUUUCUUUUUUGCCUGUACUUGAAGUACGUGGAUGUGUCUGAGGGCUGCUUUCUGAGCUGGGUGCUGUGGGAAGUUAGUUUUUUCACAGUACAGUCAUAACAGCCAGAUAUUAGCUUGAUGGACUGGAGGAUUAUUAUAGUUUAUCAAAUAAAGACUGAAAAACAGUAAUAAUAUGCUGAUACUAUAGUAUGUAAUGCUUGGUACAGUAGUUUGUUUCCUAAUUUUGUCCAGUUCUAGUCCAAAAAGUUUUCACACAUUGUUUUUUAUCUCAAAAAGAAAAAGUGCCUCUUUUUUCCUUUAAAAAAAAUAAAAUAAAAAAAUGUUUUUACCAACAGACUGACAAGACAAAACAUUCUGAGAAGAAAAUGAUCUCACAGACAUUCCAGAAAUCCGUUCUGUUGUUGGAUCUUUCCUGGUUUAGUUUAACUCACAUCAACAUCAGAACAUUCAAAUGUAUGUUAGUGUCUGUGUUUCAUUAUAGUUAUACUUCAUUUUUCCUCCCCUAUGUAUUCUCCAAGUGCAGUCAAAUGCAUGGGCGCUUAAACCUGGGAGAGAAACGAAAAAACAACACAGAUUAUGUUUUAAACUGCAUGAGACGAUGUUUUCUGAUCAGUGAACAUCUCGCCUGUGUACAGCAAAACAUGGGUUUCCAAUGCCCUCCCUCAACAAACACUGGAAAUAAAUCAUCUUUAUUAGA